AUGAAACGUUUGCAAUCGAAUUGCCCAUCUCAGCGAACAAGGCAACGACCAUUAAUCCUUCGUUUACGAAUUUGCUCAACUAUAAGUGCUGCUCAAACACCACCUGUGGUCCCAUUCACCACGAUAUUCCAGAUGUCGCAAUACUUCGUUUCCUUGCUUGCACGUGACCCGAAGACAGAAAUUAUGGACCAAGCAGUAGGCACGCCAAAAAGACAGUGCACGUAUAUUGUCAUUUUCUACUGUGACAGUAGUAUAUGUAUGGCAUCAACAUGCAGUUCGUUUUCACCAUUAACGGAGAGUGUUCUCAACUCUAAAGCAUAUUGUAAGAUGUGUUACAGUCCAUGUCCCAUCCAGCAUCCUUCAUUAGGUGCCCUUCCGCUGGAUUAUUCGUUCAGCUGUAGCACCCUUCCGGUGCCUAGCUGCCAUGCCACACGAAGGAGGCACGAGAGCUGGGAUACUGUGAGGUUGCCCAAACCUAGACAGGGGAAGUCGAGAGGUAGAGUAAAUCCGUGCUCUAACCAUUUGGUCCAUCUCGUCCCCUGCUGGAUUAAUACCGCACUUUUGUCCAGCAACAAUGGUAUUAAAUGGGCCAUAGAAACGAACGCUCCUGAUCUAUUUGAAUCAAUCAAACCCACUCGGUCUAUCCUGGACAAUGACGGAACACCAGACAUCUGUCUACAUCCGAGUUCACAUAAUAGGGACAGCGGUAAGCAGUGUUGUGGAAUGUAUAGAGCUCGGUUGCGCCGCUUUGUUGUUGGUCUGUUCGCCGAGCUUGGCAGUUGGAUUGCAAACGUUUCAUCACCAAUCGUGGUGACUUCGUUUUCACCAUUAACGGAGAGUGUUCUCAACUCUAAAGCAUAUUGUAAGAUGUGUUACAGUCCAUGUCCCAUCCAGCAUCCUUCAUUAGGUGCCCUUCCGCUGGAUUAUUCGUUCAGCUGUAGCACCCUUCCGGUGCCUAGCUGCCAUGCCACACGAAGGAGGCACGAGAGCUGGGAUACUGUGAGGUUGCCCAAACCUAGACAGGGGAAGUCGAGAGGUAGAGUAAAUCCGUGCUCUAACCAUUUGGUCCAUCUCGUCCCCUGCUGGAUUAAUACCGCACUUUUGUCCAGCAACAAUGGUAUUAAAUGGGCCAUAGAAACGAACCUCGGCGAACAGACCAACAAUUUGGGACGGCGGUUUCUUCUGAUGAAUGAGGAAUUGGUAGAACUCGCUGAUUCUCUAAAUCUACCGAUUUUCAUGCGCUCCCACUCCCUUGAACGUGCUAGCCCAACUACUCCCGUCAUUUCGAAGAACACACUGAGUAACUCCAGCAAGCAAUCUUAA